AUGGCUUUUGGCGGUGAUGCUCCAUCCGCUAUCACAACUAUGUGGAUCUUGACGGCCUUGACGUUUGUCUUCGUCGUGGCCCGAAUGUACACGCGAAUUCGGGUCACACAUUCCCAUGGAAUCGACGACCACGUCUACAAUCUAGCGUUUGCUCUUCUCCUGAUAUACGUAAUCUUUGUUACGUUAUCCUCAACGUAUGGCUUCGGGCAAUCCAGGGACGCGAUCCUGAGCCCAGAUGAUGCUAUCGCUGCCGUGCUUUUCGAGGCCGUGGGGCAGUCCUUUGCCGUGGUCGGUAUGGCGGUCGCCAAGUGGUCCCUGGGCUUGUUCUUGCUCCGGCUCGUCACCAAGGCCUGGCACAGGAUCACAAUAUGGGCGACCAUGAGCGUACUGAUGGCAGCGUCCGUCAGUGUCGUCUUCGUCUUCUGGCUGCAGUGCACGCCACCGGCCUACCUGUUUGACAAGACAAUCCAGGGCGGCUAUUGUGCGAUUGAUAGCACGCCCGUGAGCAUGUUGCUUUGCAUUCUCUGUGUCUUGGUCGAUUUCUUCUUCGCGCUUUUCCCUUGGCUGUUUAUAUGGAGCCUCCAGAUGAACAAGAGGGAGAAAUUGGUUAUUCUUGCCAGCAUGAGUCUCGGGGUUAUCGCUGGCGCAUGUGGUAUCAAGCGUACCAUGGAGGUCCCUGAGCUUUCAAGCCCAAACUACCUGAAAGACACGGUAGGCCUCAUAGUCUGGUCCACCGCCGAGAUCGCCGUGACCAUGAUUUGCAUCGGCAUUCCAAUCUGCCGUCCGUUAUACAAGACCUUCCUCGAAACACUCUCAUCCCGCCUCUCAAGUCAUGGUCUUAGUACCAACUCGAAGAAUCACAACAGCCGCAGCCGGCGUCAUAGCCGGGUGUAUGCCAUGCACACAUUUGCUGCCGUUGAUACCAAUGAGAGUAAUAAGCAGUUUGGUCAUGCACUGAGCACACGAGAUCUAGAGGAGGACCGAGAUAUGUCCAAUGAGACAAUCCGGGCAGGACGGAGGGCGAGCGAUGAGGGAAGCGACGAAGGGGUUUUGAGAUCGACCGCAGAGCGAAGCGAUAUCAGUGGCCAUGGAGACUUUUAUGGAAAGGGCAUAAGGGUUACAGAAGAAUACCAGGUUACUAGCAGUUUGCGGCGGCAUAGAUGA